CCAGAGCUGCAUCAUCGCUCCCGCUUUGCAACCCUCCAAGAGCCAGACACACAAUCGCACCUACCAACAUGGAUCGUAGCCUUGACGAGAUUGUUGCCGAGUCGCAGCACGACCGACGCGGCCCUAGACGCGGCGGCGGUGGCGGCGGCGGCGGCCGAGAGCGUGGACCUCGCGCACCACGACACAGAGAGCGUGAAGCUUAUCCUCGCGACGGCGUUAGAAAGUCUACCCGCGAUGACUCCAGGGAUCUCAACUCGGACUGGGUCCACGAUAGAUUCGACGACUCACACUCUUCUGAUCGCCCACGAGACUCGAGGCGGCGUCGCGAAUCGCCUGGCCGCAGACAGGACAACCGCGACACUCGAGGAACGAAAGUCCGGGUCGAGAACAUCCAUUACGAGCUGACCGAGGAGGAUCUGGAGGGUCUCUUCACCAAAAUUGGACCCAUCCUUAAGCUCGAGCUGGUCUACGACCGUGCUGGCCGCUCCGAGGGCAUCGCGUAUGUCACUUACGACCGCCGGGACGACGCAGAGGAGUCGAUACGCCAGUUCGACGGAGCCAAUGCCAAAGGUCAACCCAUCCGCCUGAGCAUUGUCCCAUCCGCCGCGCCGAGGCGCAACCCCUUUGAGAACGCGCACAUGCCUGGCAAGCCUCUGUCCGAGCGCAUCUCGCGCCCCCGAUCGCUGUCUCCGGGCAGGGAUGUAGACCGCUAUGUUCCAGGUGAAGGUGGCGGUCGUCGCAGCCGCGACUCACGCAGCCCACUGCCGCGACGCAAGGAGCGCGGCGGCCGUCGCCCGGGUGCCCGUCGUGAAGGAGGCAACGGUGCCAGCGGCCAAGACAGGGAGCCUCGCAAGGGGGGUGCCAGGCCGAAGAAGACUCAGGAGGAGCUGGACGAGGAGAUGGCCAACUACUUCAGUGGCGGUGCGAACGGUGCCGAGGCACAGGCGGCACCUGCAGCUGGUGCUCCUGCGACUACCGCGCCCGCUGGCGACGAUGUCGAUAUGAACAUUGAGUAGAGGACUGAUGCGGGAAGUGUGGUGUCGGAGUAAAUAGAGACCAUAUGUGGAGUUUAUAACGGAAAACCAGGGCCAGAGAAAAUUAGACGAGGCAUCAGAGCCGGAUA